AUGCGGCUUGUCAAGCGACACAUCGACGACGACGGGGGUGGGAACGUCACAUUAUGCCCAGAAGAACCAGAAGAUAUGUGGCAUGCCUACAACCUCAUCAGACCAAAAGACUUGCUCACUGCAUCUGCAGUCCGUCGAGUAACCACAGAAUCAGCCUCCACCGGCUCGACAGCCUCUCAGCGAGUACACACGAACCUCACCGUCCGAGUGAAGUCUCUGGACUUUGAUCCGCAAGCGGGCCAACUACAUGUUUCAGGCCAGAUUGCGCGCGAGAACAGGUACACAAAGAUAGGACAGUUCCACACCCUCGACCUUGAAUUGAACCGCAACUUCACCCUCGAGAAGGUGAUUGACGGACCUGAUGGCGGGGAAGGCUGGGAUAGCGUUGCGCGGGCGCAGCUUGAAGAGGCGAUCGACCAGACAAGAGGCACAGAAGCAGUAGCGGUGGUCAUGCAAGAGGGUCUUGCAAAUAUCUGCUUCAUCACACAAUUUCAGACUGUCCUCAGACAAAGAGUGGAGGUAUCCGUACCGCGGAAACGAGCCGGUGCUGGAAGAGCGGGAGAUCAUGACAAAGGCAUGCAGAAGUUCUUCAAUACGGUACUGGACACACUGAUGAGACAACUCGAGGGUCUUUUGGAAGGCAAAGACAGCAGCACAAGUUUCCCGAUAUUGUUGGCAAGUCCUGGUUUCACUGCAGCCGGCUUCCUCAGAUAUAUCAACGAAACGGCUGCCAGCAAAGGCGACAAAGUCUUGCAGGAGCUGGUCAAACGAAAGGCUUUCGUUGUCAUCCACAGCAGUUCAGGACAUCUGCAUAGCUUGAACGAGGUCCUCAAAAGUCCAGAGGUGCUAGUGAGGCUGAAAGAUACGAAAUACGCAAGGGAGACCGCGCUGAUGGAUGAUUUCUUCACCAUGCUCAGAAAAGAUGACGGACGAGCAUGGUAUGGCCCGAAAGAAGUGGAAACUGCCGUGGACAAGGGUGCCGUCGGUCGAGGUGGCGGUGUACUUCUGAUCAACAAUGCUCUGUUUCGGAGCCAGGACAUCGGCACGAGAAGACGGUGGGUCAGACUGGUCGACAGAGUGAGAGAAGUCGAAGGAGGAGAGGUGAGAGUCCUCAGUGGUGACCAUGAAAGCGGGAAGAGGCUCGAAGGACUGGGAGGGAUUGCUGCUAUUCUGACAUUUCCGAUUGACGAGAUGGAGUCGGAUUCUGAAGACUCUGACGAGCCUGGGGGUGGUAGUGAAGAUUCCUAA